CUAUUAUACGCAAGUAAACGGCCGGCCAGAGUGUCACUCAAAGUCGACGGCAACGAAAUACGGCUCACCGGCGCCGUAUAAUAGACUGUCUCGAUGAACAUUCCACGCGUAUGUUCAGCCUACGUACGCAUAGGUAGUAGCAGAGCUAAGUAAAAAGGCAGCGCCUGCACUUCUGUUCUAGCUCGUCUAUGGCCGAUCACCCUCCGAUGCCCGACAAACCGAGCGUCAAGGUGGAGACGACGCCGGGCGACUGGCGGUUCCCGUCGGCGAACCAAACCAAGCGCUGCUUCACAUGCUACAUCGAGUACAACAGGUGCAUCGCGGCCAAGGGUGAAGGCUCCGAGGAGUGCACCAAGUUCGCCAAAUGCUACAGGUCACUUUGCCCCGGUGAAUGGAUCGAGAAAUGGAAGGAGCAGAGGGCAAACGGCACUUUUUCUGGUCCUCUCUGAUCUUGUCAUGAUCCCCUCUGAAUUUCGAUCAAAUACGCAUGCAGGCAGCAGCUCUCUCUAUGUAGCCUACAGCAAACAGUAAUAGCCGCAAGCUUUUCACAUUCGCUUCGUAA